CAGUAUGCGUAACCAAGCCCGAGCACGGAAGACUUUUUACGUUGCUGUCCAAACUGUGCGCACCUGCCGACGCAUUUCGAAGGCGUGUUUCCAGGCAGUUAGUCUCGUGUUACUCACAUUCCAGCCUGCUCUUCACCUUUAUUUGUAGGCCUUUCAGCAGGAGUGGCUUUUGGUGACCUCAGGGUGCGCCCUGAGCGGCUGACACGCAGAUCUGCGCAAUGAUCGAGGGUGAGCGCAUAGGUGGGAUCUGGGACAAUGGAUGUGUAGCGACUGAAGACAAGGAAAACAACAAAAACAAUCAGAGAAGAAAAUCUCAUAGACUUUUUUUUUUUUUUUGGUUAUAAAUAAUUAGGAUGUCUAAGCGAGUCAGACCCGGCUAUUGCCGUCAAGAAGUCAACAAAACCUCAUGGGAAGUGCCGGAGCGGUACCGGGAUCUGAAGCAGGUGGGGACCGGGGCGUACGGGACUGUUUGUUCAGCCGUGGACUCCAGAACAGGAACCAAAGUGGCAAUCAAGAAGCUGUACCGGCCUUUCCAGUCCGAGCUCUUCGCAAAACGAGCCUACAGAGAGCUGAGGCUUCUCAAACACAUGAAACAUGAGAAUGUGAUUGGCCUGUUAGAUGUAUUUACUGCUGACCUCUCCCUGGACAGAUUCCACGAUUUUUAUCUGGUAAUGCCAUUCAUGGGGACGGAUCUGGGGAAGCUGAUGAAGCUACAGAGACUGUCAGAGGAAAAAAUUCAGUAUCUGGUUUAUCAGAUGCUCAAAGGGCUGAAGUACAUUCACUCAGCUGGUAUAAUUCAUAGGGACCUCAAACCAGGAAAUCUCGCCAUCAACCAAGACUGUGAGCUCAAGAUUUUGGACUUUGGUUUGGCGCGGCAGGCCGACAGUGAGAUGACGGGGUACGUGGUGACUCGUUGGUACAGAGCCCCAGAGGUCAUCCUGAGCUGGAUGCAUUACACUCAGACAGUGGACAUUUGGUCUGCUGGCUGCAUCAUGGCGGAAAUGCUGCAAGGAAAACCUCUUUUUAAAGGCAGUGACCACCUAGAUCAGCUGACUGAGAUCAUGAAAAUCACAGGAACGCCAACUCAGGAAUUUAUAUCAAAACUAGAGUCCGAGGAUGCCAAAAGUUACAUCAGAAGUCUUCCAAAAGUUGAAAAGAAAGACCUUCAGAAAGUGUUUUCCACAGCUAAUCCACAAGCCGUGUCUGUGCUGGAGCGCAUGUUGCUGCUGGAUCCGCAGAGCAGGGUUAGCGCUGCAGAGGCUCUCACGCUGCCGUACUUCACCGAGUUCAGAGAGCCGGAUGAGGAGAUGGAAGCACAACUGUACGACCACUCGCUAGACAACACAGACCUGCCGCUGGACCAGUGGAAACGUCACACCUUCACAGAGAUCUUGACCUUCAAACCAGUUGUGCCAGAAUCCAAGGAAACCUCACUAUAAAACAAAGUAGACAUGGCUGUGCAGCCUGGGACCAGAACAAACUAACAUGACUGUUUUAUCUUGAGUUCAAGUGGGAAAACUCUUUGAUCACGAGGCUUAAUGAAUGCCCACGGACUCUGUUCUCUUUGAAGUACAAGCUGCUGUGUUUUUGAUGACCUCCCAGUUGUGGAUUUGUCGUUGCCGUGGUAAAAUUCUGAUUUUUUUUUCUUUUCUUUUUUUUUCCCAGCAUGAUUUUGGUCUAGUAGCUUGCUUCCUGAGUCUAGCAUUAGCCCUUUUCAGCAUUUCAGCAUUGGUCCUUUUCAGGACUACAGAGCUGAGGAUGCUAUGCUAGCUCACAUAUGCAUAACUGAUAGAAGUCAAAAUGGUACGUAUGUAUUGCAGGACCAUUUAAUCAAACACAUAACUCUCUACCACUUGGUAUUAGGUACAAAUCAAGAAAUGACAGCAGACACACAGUGACAUCCAUUGUUUGAUUUCCAAGAGCCAAAAUUUAAAGGCAAUAGAUGUAGGACAAUGCAUUCUUUAUUUCGUGAGGUAAUCUCCCUGUCAGCGACUGCUUGUCCUUAAAAGACAUUUGAUCUGAUUUGACUGGAAUUUUUUGGGACAUCCUUGUGUGUUUGUGCGUGUGUGCGCGUGCGUUCUACAUGCUUUUACCUCGUCAUUCCUCCCAGUGGCCUUAACGAUAUGAACAACAUGAUACUGCUGAGCCGCAGAUGAUAGGAAAUCCAUCCCAGCAGGGUAUGCAUAUUCACAUUUCAAACCGAAAACAUGUGUUACAUAAAUUUGAUUAUUAUGUCUUUUGAAACAGAAAGUUGCACAAAACACAUUUUCUAUGGUGAUUUGUGAACCAAUGUUUCACCACACCACUCCUGUAUUUUUAUUAUUAAAAAUUCUCUUUGGAAAUGA